AUUGUCAACAUGGCAGGUGUGGAUGUCAUUGUCAACAAGUUUAUAGCACUUUGGAGGAGAUCGGCAGUCCGCAAAAACCUUCCCCUGCUCUUUUUGGUCGUUUCAGUGGUCGGAUCCUUCCUCAAAGCUUUUGAGCUCGUUCCGGAGACGUAUUUCAGUAACAGGAGAAAUGUCCUAAAUGUGUACUUUGUGAAGGUGUCCUGGGGGUGGACCUUGUUGCUGUUGACCCCUUUUCUCCUCCUCUCCAACUCAUCCAUCAACAGGAAUGUGUCCUUUCUCUUCCGGAGGUUGCUGUCGUUGGUGGUGGCCACAGCCAUCUGGUAUGUUUGCACUGAGACUUUCUUCUACAUAGAGGACAUCACCGGGUCAUGUUUUGACUCUGACUCUAUGGAUGUUAUCCAUGAAGAGUUCACCUCAAAAGCCAGCUGCAGGAAAGCUGGUUUCUACUGGCAAGGCUAUGACAUUUCAGGACACUCCUUUAUCCUGGCGUACUCGUCCCUCUUCAUCGUGGAAGAAAUGGGCCCAAUGGCCUACCUUAAGUCAACCCGUCUUUCUACACUACCAAGAUUUGUUCUUAAUCUGUUAUAUGUUUCCCUGAAUUUGAUAGUAAUCAUCUGGAUAUGGAUGUUCAUGUGUACCUCUGUUUACUUCCAUGACCUGUCUCAUAAGUUGCUUGGAACCUUAUUUGGAAUACUUGGGUGGUAUCUGACAUAUCGGGUGUGGUAUUUAAAGCCAUUAUCACCAGGACUCCCUCCCCAAUGCCACUGCAAAGAACAAAAACAACAUGCCUAAGUUACAGACAUACUCCUUCACACAACAUUGUUGUAAAUGUUAUGGCCAUCCUGAAACCAACAACACAGUAAAGAUGGUUGUUUCGCUGUCUCUUUCUGGGUCCAAUUAACCAUGCUAUUUAAAGUUUUUCCCUUCCAACAGAAAGGUCAUUUUGCAUAAGGGAUUUGGUCCCUGCAUGGUGGUUGGCAGCUGCUGUUCCCAAAAUGACUCUGGGUAAUCUGAGAUAAAAGCAAGGCAAUGCUCUUGACAUCUAACUUUUACCUCACACCUUUGGCCUCCCUGAUGCUCAUCAUUUGUUUCAUUGUUUGCUGCCUAAAAAUGUUUGAUUUGUUAAAGUGUAAAUGACUGAGUUUAGGUAAUCUCUCCCCAGAAGUGGGGAUGUUUGUGCAUGUUUACAGUUAUUAGAAUAGCAUAGCCCUGAUUAACUUGUUUUGGCAGAGUGUUAGGUACUUUAAUACAUUUAAAAAUUAAAGUUACCAAAUGUAAGUUUAGAUCAAAUUAGCUUUACCGUAACCACAGUAGAGCUGCAUUUUAAUAAACUUUACAGUCUUACUAUGUCAUCAGCACUGUUAAUGUAUGUUCACAGGCUGAUAAGCUUUGUAAAGUUUUAAGUAAUAUAACAAAGGCUGUUUUAAUGAGUCAUUCAGAUGCCAUACAUUUGUACUUUAGAAGUAGGCAAGCACUUCAUCUUUGCAUUACAGUAUGCAUGUAUUUACUUUUGGUGCAAAGGAAACAUUCUUUUAGAAUUAUUUUAAUGGGAAAUGUUUGGGUUUUUUUUUUGGCUUUGUAAUAAUUCUUACACCAAAGGAAUAAAAUGCAGGGAAAAAAAUUGUUAUUAAUAAUGUCAAAAACAUCUCAACAGAACUUCACUAAAGCUAUCAUGUAAACCCAGCACAUUGUGGUUUCAUGAUUUCUUUAAAAGUACAAAGCCUUCAUAAGAAAACCCCAAGCUCUGUAUAAUCCAUUUUCAUCUUUUAUUUUUCAUUGAUGGCAACUAAAUAAAUUAAGGCUUAUGAACAAACAUCAUAAAAAGCACCAUAAAUAAAUGUAUAUUUAGAAAUAUAAAAAAUAAAAAGUAAAAAAUAAAAAAAUACUAUUGUGAAAUAUAAUGGCCACAAAUAACAACUAGGAUUUCUCAACUUGAAUUCUUUGUGUGAUUAAGAAUUAGAGCUCAAAUCCUCAGGUUUGAUUUUUGAGUCAGAAGAAGCAGUGGGGUCCAUUGCAACGAGGGUGCUUUGCUAUAAUCGAAAAAUAUACAAGUGUUCACAAUGAUAGGCUGGUUAUGGCGUGAAAUUUUCAUCCUUUUGUUUCUCGACAUCUGGUCUCUGUGUCAUCUGCUGUUUUACUAGUGUCGGAACUAAAUGAGAUCUUGCCUGCUUUAAGAUCAACAGAAAGAAGG